AAGCAUUAAAAUUUAACAGUACACGCCCGCUGAACGACGGACGUCCACGCGGUUCUGCGUUUAAAUUUCUAAAACCUUCUUUUCCGAUUCAACACCUACUUUACUCACGCUCCUUUCUCUCUCUAGAUUCUCUCGAUCAAUUUCCUUGCAUAGAAGGAGAUCGGAUAGUAGUCGGUGGAUCGUCAGCACUCCGGUGAUCCUCAUUCAUCUUUGGCUCAGGAUUGAGUUCAAUUAAGGAACAAUAAUGGAAAGUUUGAUAUCGUUGGUGAACAGACUGCAGAGAGCUUGCACUGCACUCGGAGAUAAUGGAGAAGACAACGCUCUGCCUACUCUCUGGGAUGCGCUGCCUUCCAUAGCCGUUGUCGGUGGUCAGAGUUCUGGAAAAUCUUCAGUACUCGAGAGCAUUGUUGGAAAGGACUUUUUGCCUCGUGGAUCUGGCAUUGUUACUCGACGUCCUCUUGUACUACAGCUUCAUCGCAUUGACGAAGGUAGAGAAUAUGCUGAGUUUGGACAUCUUCCGAGAAAAAGGUUCACUGAUUUUGCUGCUGUGCGAAAGGAGAUCGCUGAUGAGACUGAUCGAGAGACAGGACGUAGCAAACAAAUUUCUAGUGUUCCAAUUUAUCUCAGUAUUUAUUCCCCUAAUGUUGUAAAUUUGACCCUGAUCGAUCUUCCUGGACUUACGAAGGUGGCUGUUGAGGGUCAGCCUGAAAGCAUUGUGCAUGAUAUUGAGAACAUGGUCCGGACUUAUAUUGAGAAGCCAAACUGUAUUAUUUUGGCUAUUUCUCCUGCCAAUCAAGAUCUUGCAACAUCAGAUGCUAUCAAGAUUUCUCGUGAAGUAGACCCAAAAGGAGAAAGAACAUUUGGAGUUCUAACGAAGAUUGAUCUUAUGGACAAGGGUACUGAUGCUGUUGAUAUCCUGGAGGGAAAGGCGUAUAAGCUGCAGUUCCCGUGGAUAGGUGUUGUUAAUCGCUCUCAAGCAGACAUCAACAAAAAUGUCGACAUGAUUGCUGCUAGGCGUAGGGAGCGGGAAUAUUUUGCUCAAACCCCAGAGUAUAAACAUCUUGCUCACAGGAUGGGUUCUGAGCAUCUUGGCAAAGUUAUGUCCAAACAUUUGGAGUCCAUUAUCAAAUCUCGAAUUCCGGGACUGCAGUCACUUAUUAACAAAACUAUCAUUGAGCUAGAAUCUGAGUCGAGUCGUCUGGGGAGGCCCGUUGCUACUGAUGCUGGAGGAAAAUUGUACAUGAUUAUGGAAAUCGUUCGCAUCUUUGAUGGAAUAUUCAAAGAACAUCUAGACGGAGUUCGAUCAGGUGGUGAUAAAAUAUAUAACGUCUUCGAUAAUCAACUGCCUGCUGCAUUGAAAAGGUUGCAGUUUGACAAGCAUCUUGCGAUGGAAAAUGUUCGGAAAUUAAUAACUGAAGCAGAUGGAUAUCAGCCUCAUCUUAUAGCACCUGAGCAAGGUUAUCGUCGUCUCAUUGAAACUGCCUUGGUUACUAUUAAAGGUCCUGCUGAGGCGUCUGUUGAUGCGGUUCAUGGAAUAUUGAAGGAACUGGUUCAGAAAUCAAUUAGUGAGACUGUGGAGUUGAAGCAGUAUCCCUCUCUUAGGGUGGAGGUUGGGCAUGCAGCUAUUGAAUCGUUAGAGAGGAUGAGGGAUGAAAGCAAGAAGGCAACUCUACAGCUAGUUGAAAUGGAGUGCAGUUACUUAACUGUAGAUUUCUUCCGCAAGCUUCCUCAAGAUAUGGAUAAGGGAGGAAAUCCAACUCAUUCAUUAUUCGAUAGAUACAAUGACUCGUAUCUCAGACGUAUUGGAUCGACUGUCUUGUCUUACGUCAAUAUGGUUUGUGGAGGUCUGAAGAAUUCCAUUCCAAAGUCUAUCGUUUAUUGUCAAGUUCGCGAGGCAAAACGCAGCUUACUCGACCACUUCUUCGCCGAGUUGGGAAAAAGAGAGGCAAAUCAGUUAGGCAAACUGUUGGACGAGGAUCCAGCUAUUAUGCAGCGACGGGUCUCUCUUGCAAAGAGACUGGAGUUAUACAGAGCUGCUCAAGCUGAGAUCGAUUCAGUGGCAUGGUCAAAAUAGAUGUGGAGAUCUCUUUCGCUCGUUUCUGUUCUUGUUUCUUUAUAGCAACACUUUUGGCUUAGUUAAGAUAGGAGAGCUUUGAUUCUUUUGUGUGACACUGCUUGCGUUCUGUUUAUGGGUUAUAUUCCAAAUUCUUUCUGUGGUUAGCUAUGUAUAAUGUUAUCCUCUGCGCUAUUACUACUUGAAUUCUAAUACACAGUAGACCACUUUUUAUGAAUUUAUACGCCUUAAAGCACA